AUAUGGUCGAUUUCGUUGUUGAAGAAAUGUGCUCUUGUGGAACUACAGCAAUGGAGUCCAUUAUGGGAAUGUGGAAAUUUUCUGGAGGCAGUUGAAUGACACUUUGAAAUGAUAUCAAUCCCUCAAGCUACAUAGCUCAAGGCACCCAAUUUCACAUUUUAUAUCUAAAAAUGCCGCGCAUGAGAGGAAGAGGAGUGCAAAGAGAUGCGCCAUCACGUAAAUGGUCGCAUCUAAAAAAUGGCGCGAAGGAUAGUCCUGGACCAAGUAGUCCGGCUUCAAGUGAAGCCUCUUCAAGGAGAACUUACAGAAAAUCUGAUCGCACAAUAAAGCAUGUUUCUAAAGGUGAAGAAUUUUUCUAUGAAGAUGCAUUGGCUUCAGAUGAUAGUCUUGAUUCUCUGGACACAAGCUUUUCCUCAAUCAGUAAUAGCGAUAUCUCGAGUAUACAUAGCUGCGAGACACCAAGAAAAUCUUAUUGCAAAUCAGCUGUGGCUAUUGAAGAUCCUGUUUCAGCACCACCCCUUAAAAUACCUCCAUCGUCAGGAGACCUUUUGAUCGCAAGCGAAUUAUUAAUGGAAGCUUUGCAAGUUUAUGAAACUGUACGGCAUUUUAGCCGGAUACUUAGAAUUUCUCCGUUCGGUUUUGAAGAUUUCUGUGCUGCACUUCGUGCAGAUGAACAGCCUUGUAUUAUUGCCGAGAUUCACAUAGCAUUACUUAGGUCACUUUUACCAGAAGAUGAAGGAAGUGGGAUUGUUUUCGGUCCCAAUGAUGAAAAAGACAGUAUCAACGUUCACUGGUAUUUGCUGGAUUCGUUCACUUGGCCUGAGCUGGUUAGAAGCUAUAUUCUCUCAGAUAAAGACUUUGCAGAUUUGUAUGCUAUCGUGGAAGAUGCUUCCUACCCAUUUGUGUCUGUUAAAGGGAAAUUAAAAGUUUUAACAAGGCUAUGUGAUUAUUUCUUAUCAGCAAAUGCAGUAAGAGAGGAGAUCGCGAAUGAACGAAUGUUUAUAUCAGACGAUUAUUGCAGGAGCUGUGGUCGAAUGGGGGAUUUGCUUUGCUGUGAGCUUUGCCCUGCAGUUUAUCAUCUUGCUUGUUUGAAACCCCCUCUCUCUGAGGUACCUGCUGGUGAUUGGCUGUGUCCUGUCUGUGAGGCACAGAAGGUGAAAGGUGUAACUGAUUUAUUAGCUGAGGAAGACAAGCAUUCAAUUUUCAGAAAUGCCCCACUUGGUACUGAUAGACACAGAAGAAAAUACUGGUUUUUGAUCAGAAGAAUCAUAAUUGAGGGAGAAUAUGAAACAUUUUACUACAGUUACCCAUCACAUCUAGAUGAAUUGUUGGAUUCUUUAAAAGAGGAUGGUUAUGAAAAGCCAUUGGUGCAGACACUUGAGGAGAAAUAUGAUUUGAUUGUUCAACACAUGAAAUGUACUGAAGAUCUUACCAUUGCUGCAAAAGGUGACCUAACCCCAUACUUGUACAAAACAAGGGUGAAAGGGGAAACAAUUGAAAGCAAGGAUGCUAUUGAGCAUGCCAAGAAAGUUGCUGAACAGGAAGAAGAAGAGAAAUUGAUGCAGAUUAAAAAGGAAGAGGAAGUCAACAAACAAGCUGCCUCAGGAGAUGCUUUAAGGGGUGAUAAUGAAGAGCAAGAUAUUCGGUUUGUGCCUGAUGGUGAACCAGUAAUGAUAAAAAAGUCGGACAAAUACUCAUAUAAGGUUCUAAAUUCAGAAGUUGGGACUGAUUCUGCCGACCAGAAACCACAAGAGUGGGAUCAGCAAUCGAUGAAAAUUGAAGAAGGGCAGUUAUUGCCAGCAGAAAACCAAUCUCAGGAAUCUAAACCUACUUGUGCAUUGCCAAACAGAGUUGAAGGGCAUGCGGUCCAAGACAGGCAAAUUUCUGUUGAAAUUGAAAAGGAGUUUAGGGAUUUUCUUGGUUCACAGAGCCAAACGCCUGUUGACGCAAAAGCUCCUGCUGAUGUGACCAGCAAAGACAGCAGAAAGCAAGAUUCACAGGAUAGUGGUGCAGUUGAUUUAGAACAAUCAAAAGCUGAGUCAAUGGGCCAAUCAGAAAAGGGUCCAUGCACUGGUGCAAAUGAUAUGCUUGAUGUUCAAAGAAAAGGAGCUGAAAAAGAUGAGAAUGCUCAUGCAGUGCUGAAUGAAAAUUUGAAGACAGAUGUUAAAUCGUCGGAUUCCGUUACGGUGAAAGAAAGUGGGAGUUCAUUGGAUGUUGCAGAAGAUGGAGCUACACCAUCAAAAAUAAGUGAGGAUGCGAUAGUCAAGAAGAAGACAGAAGAAGUUAAAAGUUAUUUCAAGUUGGGAAUGGAGGGCUCAUACGUAAUGUACGAGAACCAAUACUACUCAAAUUCACUGGCAAGUAGCAAAAAUGACCACCAAGCAGAACGUGAUAAAAGAAGAGUACUUGGAAAUAAAUUCAGGCUUUAUGACUUCAAGUGGCUAGGAGAAGUGUACCAAGGCACAUCGCUUGUUGUCAAUACAUUGCGGAGUACAAUGUUGUCAUUUGAGAGCUCUAUACCGACAGCGUUUCUGCAUCCAAUGUGGUACAAACAAUUGCCAGCAUGGAUCAAAGCUGUUCGAAUGUGCAAAGAGGUGCCUGAAUUCGCCGCCAUGUUGACAGUUCUUCAACGGGCUAUCAAACCGCUCAUUGUUUUGAAUGUGUGGAGAGAAUCAUUGGGUCAUUUGAUGCUGAAAAGAAUGCAGGCUGAAGGAAAAAAUAAGAAGAGCAUGCGAGGCAUUAGGGAUAGAGAUGCUAUCGAUGAAGACUUGGAAGAUGACGAAAAUGGCAUCAUUAAACCUAAAGCUGCGCCUGUCAAGUUCAGUUGGAUUCCAAGACACAAAGUUUGGGAACAGAAAGGCGAAGAGUACCGAUUAGACGGGGGUGGGGGCUGGGCUUGGAGUGGUGGUGUUGGCUGCUUGAGAUCACGCAAAAGACGCAGGGACAAUGCCUGGCCCACUGCGGAGGAGAAAAGCUCGAAGAUAAGAAAACUUGAAGUGGUGGUCGGUACUGUUAAGGAUCGUAAAGAAAAGGCUCGUAAAAUAAACAGUACUCAAGAUAUUAAAGAAAAAGUAAACAAAGUUGAAGGAGAGAAAGAUACUGCUGCUAAAACAAAUGACGCAAAUGUGACUUCUGAGACCAGCAAUUCAAAAACGGCAACCAGCAAUAGUGUUCCUGUUACAAGCUCUCAGCUGUCAAGUACCUCACAAAGUAGCUCUACAAACAUUUCCAAGGACAAGGCUCCUGCUUCGCAUGUAAAUUCGUUAUCUGUUGCAAAGCUAACUUCAAAUGAUCAAGACGACGAAGUCAUAGAUGUGGUGUCUGUCACAAACGCGGAGAAAUCUACUGACAAAGGGGCCGUAGCUGGAACAACCAAUGAAACUAUAGCACCUCAGACGUGCAGUGCCACUGGGGACCAGAAUGCCCCUGCUAAAUCAAGUGAAGUUGUUAAGAGUCAAACAGCGACAGGCAAUAAUGAAAAAGAUAAAAGUAGCGAGGUCUCUUUUAAGAAAGAUUCUUCUCAAGAAGUGAAUCGUUCUAAGAAAAUAGACGCGCCUUCAGAAGGAGCAGAUUCUACGGAAAAAGCCAGUGGUAACCAAAAUACUGAUAUCAAUGCCAAAUCCAGUUGUAUAAGCGUAGUCAAUACUAAGGAACCUACUUGGACAAAGGAUACAUCUGCCGAAGCAUUUUCUGGUCAAGAAGCUAGUCUUUUAAAGAAUGACCUUAUCGAAUGUAGGAAGGAGAGUUCUCCAAAUAAAGAGCCCGUUACAGCUAUGCAAGUAAGCAAUAUAAAAGAGGAAACUUCAAGCAAACAAGUAGACCCUGUCAAUGAUCAAGCUUCAGAUGUUGAUACUGUACAGAGUCUUAUAGUCAGUUCCGAUAAAGAUGUUCAUAUGGGCAGUGCAGAGACAAGGGAGAAGGAUGCAAAUUUAGCUGCCGGUAAAACAGAUAAAGCUGUUGAAAAUAUAGUCGAUCUUGGGAAGGAGAGGAUGUUAGUCAAGACUGGCGUUGCUGCUUGUGCAAACGAAGCUGACCUUGUAGGGAAAGAACAAUCUUCAAAAGAUGAUGCUCCAUGCAACAGUACCGUACCCGCAUCUAACUUGAAAAAUAACCAGAAAACAGAGGAUUUUGCUAAAAAUUUGAAUUCCGCUGGCCAAAAUAUUGUCACAACUACUUCACCAGCGAAAGAUGGUCAAGCAGAUCAAAUGGAAGUUGAAGAGGGAGGUUCUCCUGCAAAGGAGGCUCCAAAGACGGAAUCUGUUGGUAUGAAAGUUGAAGAGGGAGGUUCUGCUGUGAAGGAGGCUUCAAAGACUGAAUCUGUCGGUAUGGAAGUUGAAGAGGGAGAUUCUACUGUGAAGGAGGCUCAAAAGACAGGAUCUGGUGGAACACAAGUAGAAGAAGGAGAUUCUAUUGCGAAGGAGGCUCAAAAGACAAGAUCUGGUGGAACGGAAAUAGAAGAAGGAGGUUCUCUUGCGAAUAAGACUCAAAAGACGGAAUCUGGCGUAAUGGAAGUUGAAGAGGUAGGUUCACUUGCGAAGGAGGCUCCAAAGAUAGAGUCUGAUGUUUUGAAAGUUUCUGCUAUUUCCCCAUCAAAAGUAAAAACAGAAGGAGACGUUUUGCCAAAUGAAAGUGUUUCUGAGGCUGAAGAAGCAAGAAGUUACCCACAAAAGCAACUGCCAUCGUCUGAAGGAGAAAAUGUCCCUGAAGACCUGUUGAAUGAAAAAAACGAAGAUAAGGCAAAGGGGGGUGUGGAAUUUUCCAAGGACGCUGGGUCUCUGGUAGCAAAUGCCAAGCAGGUUGAGAAAAGUGAAACAGCUAAGGAUAACCUGACGCUCAAUAGCCCAUCUAAACGUGGCUCAGAUGAUUCGUCUGUGGCUGGUGGUUUGGAUAAAAAUGUGGAAGGUGUUAUGAAAACAAUUGCUUCUGAUUCUUUGCAUACGGAAGAAAACGAUAACCAAGGGAACUCGACUCCACGUACACAAACUAAAACUGUUGGGGAUAUUAUAGCUAAACUAACUGAGAAUGAUUUUGGAGCAAGGAUGUCAACUACAGCAACAGAAACGUGCAGUACCAAUGCAUCGCAGACGGUUGAUGCUUGCGGUUCUGAAUAUGAGCCAAGUAAAGCACUUGUUGACGAAACGCAAAGAAUUUUAGAUAAAUUGUUAACAAAAGUCGACGUUCAUUCACUUUAUCUUCCUGACCCUCCAAAAAGUGUAUUGAAGACUGAAGCAUCUUCUACUCAAAGUUCGAGUUUAGAUACGAGAAGCAAGCUCCCACUUGAUUCGGGGGAAGGUGUGUCAGGAAAUGCCCCUCUGGGAAUGUCAACUUCUUUAGCACAAACUGUUACAGUCGCUAGUGCAAAUUGCGAUCUGCCCAUUCCAAGUAUAUCCACUGACCAAAAACCACAGCCACGACCUGGGCAUAUCCCAGCACCUUUAACCCAGACAUCAACAGCUGGAAGUGCAGUAAAGCUGGCUGUUCUCAAUUCGAAAUCCGAUUUACCUAAACCAGUAAUUCUACAAUCACAGGUACCAGCAGUGCAACAGCUACCAGUCCUAACGCCGGUUGCCUCGUCUGCAGCUAAACCGGUUCUUGCUCAUAUCCAGCCAAGACCUCCGGUAAAGACACUAAAUUUAGUGUCAGUCACACCAAAGUCAACCGGUCCCAGGCCAGUUGCGAUUGCUCCAGCACCGACAACAGCCCAGUCAAGUAUCCCUGUGGGUCUUGCUGCUUCCCAGAUCUCCAAUGCAGCAGUGCUUAAAGCGUUGGCAACUGGGAAUGCCUUUCAAAGCGGAGGAAUUCAAAUCAUCCAAGCAUCCCCCGGACAAUUUAUAAUUCGAUCUAACGUAGUGUCUUCUGCCAAUCAGCAAACAAACCCAAGAGCAGUGCUACUUGGCAAUACUGCCAUUAUGUUAUCAAAGUUUGGAGCAGGGGGUCAGUUAGUUGUGGAUGGGUCACAAGGAACGCCAAGGUCGUCACAUGUUUUAACUACAGGUACCAAACUGACACCCCAGCCAACUCCUGUCGCCACAUAUCUUACUCAACUGGCAAGCAAUGCAGUGAAAGCAGGCAAUAGGACUGCGCAGGAGACUUUGAAUGCCAAAGCAGCUGCCCUGCAGUCGCUUGCGCUCCACAAAUCAGACUCGAAAACUAGUAAGGCACUGAGCGACAGUAAGAAACCCGGAAACGCAGUCCUGUAUGAGAAUGCUGAGAAGAAUAUGUGUACGAUCCAUAAAAUUGUUGAUGAACCUGUGAAGCUUAUAAAACACGAGUUACGAGCAUGGAAGCAAAGGAAAAGAGACAUCAAAGGCAUUUUUUUACUGGAUAAACAUAAACUUAAAAAGCUAGCAAGACAAGCCGGCAUGAAAGAAGUAGACGGCUUUCAAUACAAUACGAAACAGACUAAUGGCACUUUCGCGCAGUUUGGUUUCCCUAGGCCAAAUUUUGAAAAUUCUUGGAAGUUCCGUGUGUUGAACGCAAAUUCGUUUGCAUCUGUCGGGCAUUUGUUGCGAAUUCUUCAUUGCUGUUUACGAUGGGAUGUCAUCAAUAUUCGGCCCCCUAGAGGAGUUAAUCAUUCCAUAACCACUAGCAAAGGUAUCAUUACAAUCGACAUUCUUGACGGAAAACCUCAAACUCCGGACGGGUUGGUCUAUUCAUAUUUGGUUAAGAAGAUCAUGCAGCCGUUUAAAGUGCAAGCGAAUCCACCAAAACCAAAAGCAGUAGGAAAUAGUAAGGACGAGAAGCCAGCAACACCGAUCGCUAAGAUGACCAAAGGGGGAAUCAGACUACGAGAAAGAACAGCCCCCCUCAAGUACACGGUGGAUGAUGACCUCAAUCUAACGGAUGAUGAUGAUGAUGAUGUUCCUUUUCCAACAACGAGACAAGUGAUAGAGGAGUGGCUCCCUGAGGAAUCACUCGAUCUUUGGGAAAUUCGUCAGUACUGGGAUAAAGUAGAAAUGGAACGAAACCUACGACGUGAGAGACAGCAAGCCGAAGAAGAUGCGCGGAAAAACAUAGAGGCGAAACGGGCGGCGUUACUACGACGUCAAACCGAACAAAUGAUUAAACAGCAGCAACAACAACAACAGCAACUUCGAAAAGCGGCGAAAGUAUCCCGAGGCGUGGUGCAAACCGAAACACCGAAAGUUAUAAAGCAAGAUUCGAAAUUAACGAUAAGGCCAGUGCUUCCAGGUGCGCAGGUCAUGGUAUCACGCUCUAUAGCGUCUACUCCUACGAGAUUCACCGCCCAACCAACGUAUGUAACGAUCCCAGGUAAACCUGGGGUAUUGAUACAGAAGGAUUUAUCCCAGAAUCACAACGUUCUGUUGCAGUCAUACCAUCAGCAAUUUAGCACCACACAGCCAAGUCCUAUUCAGAAAGUCUACAAGACGUCUGCGCCUUUGCAGGUUCCUAUGUCCGUCGCCAAACCAUUGCCUCUGGCUUCCCCUAGUGUAAAGAGUGGAGCGUCAACCUCCAAAUUCAUAAACCGAUCAGGCCAGGCUAUCACAGUGACAAGACCGCAACAAGAGAAAAAGGGAAAGAGAAAACAAACACUUAUAGCUGCCAGAAAUGAAGCUGUCUGCAAAUCCGUUCUCAAUACAUUGUUAACGAAACUUGAGAAGUUAGAAGAGAAGGACAAGCAGAAGCAGGAUAGUACGCCAUCCUCACGAAGGCGUUCCGUCAGCACGUCAAAUCGAAAAGUUUCUGUUUCAUCAGAAAGGCUAAGAAAACUUCGACGCGUCUUAAAGGACAGAAAAGACAGGUUGAAGAAUCAAAUAUUGAAAAAACGACAGCUACUUGAAAGGAAUCUGCUCAUUGAAUUAGGAGACGAGCUUUACAAUCAAGAACAACCCAAGACCGGUAAACGAAAGCGCGACAAUGAGGUGCAAGAAGGACAGUCAAAGAAAAUUAAGAGUGCUGACGAGAAAUUGUACUGCCUUUGUAAAACACCUUACGACGAAAAGAAGUUUUAUGUUGGUUGUGAUUUAUGCAACAACUGGUUUCACGGCGACUGCGUUGGAAUUUCGGAGGCCCAAGCGGAGUCAAUGGAUGAAUUUAUAUGUGACGACUGCAAAAGGCAGCAACACGGAGUUGAGCAAGAAGAGCUUUACUGCCUUUGUAAGCAGCCCUAUGACGAAAGCAAGUUCUACAUCGGAUGUGAUAUGUGCCAAGACUGGUUCCAUGGGACAUGCGUGGGGAUUACCCAAGCUGAAGCAGAUUUUAUUGAAAAUUACGUAUGUCCAAGAUGCUCAGCUGUAACCAGUGAAGAAAGAGUGGAAAACAAGCGCCUUUCGCCCAAAGAUAUCGAAGGACUCAAGCGCCUACUUAGAUCAUUACAGAGUCACAAAAUGGCUUGGCCGUUCCUGGAACCAGUUGAUGAAAGCGAGGUUGUAGAUUAUUACAACAUCGUGAAGGAGCCGAUGGAUCUCCAAACAAUGGAUGAGAAAAUUCGUUCAAGCAAGUACAAGACCUUAAAAGAAUUCGUUGCCGAUGCUUCGCGAAUUUUCGACAAUUGCCGAUACUAUAAUACCUCGGAUUCGCCGUUUUAUCGAUGUGCUGAAGUUCUUGAGAACUUUUUCGUGCAGAAAUUAAAAGCAUUUAAGAACACGUUGCAGAAGGUAUCGAAAUAGAGGCAGCUGACAGCCUCGAUAUUGCUCUGAAACAGCUACAGCAUGGUGUUUCUGUUGCUUUUUACGACAUUCUAUAGUGCAUCAGCAAAGUGCAUCGCAUGGCCUAUCAUGAAUUUUACUUGCUUCUUGGCCAAGAUGCCGAAUGGGAUAAUUAGUGAAGCCUGCCAGGACCUUACGAGUAGAGGUGCUCUCGCGAUUUUAAACUUGUUAGUUUCUUUACGAAGGAGGUAAACAUACUUUCUAAAGUUAACGCUGCAUUUAUUGAAUCCAUGCCUUUGCUAUUUAGAUUUAGAAUAUUUUUAUUUUGUAAAGAUUUCUAAAUCGCUCAUCCAUAUGCAAUAGAUUCAAAUGGAAGGCAGGAAAAUUCCCAUAUGAAAUGCAUGGCUUGUUCUGCCAUCUACAUUCUUCGUUUUGCAAAUAGCUUGGCCCCUAUUUUGUAGUUUAUUCAAAUUGUUUUCCAAACUAUGCGUGUUCGGUCGAUCAAAAAAUAUAAAAAUGCCAUUUUUGUAUCUACUGAGGCAGAAACUUGCAAACUGUACUUGUCAGACUUUGUUCUAACUCGGGCUAUUUUCAUUUAGUGGUUGGUAACCUAAUUAACUUAAGCUAAUCUAGUAUUCUCACGGGAGUAAGACUGCUUUUGACAAGCUAUAUUAACUUAGUAACACAGUCCAUUACUGCAAUAACUGCAUGCUAGUGCCAUGAUGAAGAAAUUUUAAGCUAUUGACCCUUGCGCUCCCUGUUUCUAAACGAGGUUAAAAGCCUUGCAGGCCUCUAUUUGAAAUCAGGAUUUAUACCACCGCAAAUCAGACCUUCUAUCUCUUCACUGCUUUUAAAUUAUUUACUGAGACUCCAAAAGCUCUUGAAUUAACUAACGGCGUUUGGACUAUUCGUUGAUUUCUUUUAUCGUAGAAGCAUCAAUGUAUAUAGAAAAAGUGUAUUGACUUUUAUGACCUGGAUAUAUCAUCGUCUUAUCUGCUGGCAUGUCUUCA